CGUUACAGACACGUAUAGCGGGAUAGGCAAAAGCCCAUCCAUCUGUCCCCAGAUAUUAACCUCGCACAAAUCUAUCAGAUACUUCUUUCGUGGUGGGCGACAUAUGGAAAUGCAGCAGGGUUCAUCCUCAUCCUCAUCUGGGAGAAUUGACGGCAAAUUCAAGACAGUGGAAGCAAAGGCCUAUGCCAAGGUCGACGUAAUUCAUAGUGGCGGCAUCCCCGUAAUGGUGAGCAUCACGGCGCUGUCUGGAACGACGGAGCAACGCGCGCCAGUGGACCUUGUGGUCGUCCUCCACGUCCGCGAAGGCUGCAACGUGCCCAAGAACUGGAAGGACCUACUCUUCGAGGCCAUGUAUACCAUUGUUGCGAAGCUUGACGACAGGGACCGCCUCGCUGUCAUCCCAAGCAACAGACUAACAACAUGGAUGUCAGCACGGAGAUUUGUAUAUCCGCAGCUGGUUACAAGUAAAACCUCGUUAACAACAGCUUUGGAAUCGGCGGAGUCGAUCCUAUAUGGCCGCAAGGACGAGGAUAAGAAGAUCCGAACCGGCUGCAUCAUCGUCAUUUCCAACAGCAACGACAACAUUGACUCUCUGGUCUCCUGGAGGCUCCGCUCGGUCCACGCCUUUGGCUUCCGUGACGCGCAAAAUGCGAGGACCAUGCACAAGAUCUCCAGCAGCCGCAAUUGCAGUUACGCGAUCUUGGAUGACGAGCAUGGCCAGAUCACGCAGUCCUUCUUUGCCACCAUAAGCAGAAUAAUAACCUCAGCCGUUGCUGCCAUGCCAGUUGAGAUCAAACUAAUGUGCGAGCAGACGGUAGUUCUGCACUCCAUUGGUACACCUGGCGUAAGCUACUACAUAUCCUACGAUGCUAAGUCGGCCAUCAUGUGGCCCAACGCCCACCUGGCUGGUAUGACGACCAACAUCAUCGUCUACCUUGGUGGCGUGAUCCAUCCCAGAGACUUGCCGCAGCUGUUCACGGUCCAUGUGAAGUACGGCAAUGUGUUGGACAAGGUCCAUGUGCAACUGGUCAAAGAGGGCAGUGACGAAUCCAGAGAGGUGGCGGCGGAGAUCGUGAGGAUUGAGGCUCUCGAGAUCAUCGCCGGCAUCACCACCGAGGAUAAACAUGACUGGGAGCAGCUCCCCGUGGCCGCACAUUAUCUGCGUGAACGGUGGACCAGACUUGAGGAUUUCAAGUGCAGCAGGGAGGCUCGCGCGGCAGGCCUGAUAUCUAGGCUUGCUGAUGAGAUGCGAGAGAUGGAGUUAAGGCUGUAUAACAACUACUACUGGCUGGAGUACAUGCUCUCGUGGCAGUCGCACCAGCUGUGCCAGCUACCUCUGCCACAGCCAUUCAUGCACAACCAGUCCAACAAUGACCCGCUUCUACAGCUGAGGAUCUUGGCGAAGGCCGAAGGGAAAAUCACAGAGCAUCAAGAAGGCAUCCCGGUCAUGGUGCGCGUCAUGGCCUCAGAUGCGGGGUUGGCAAUGGUGGAGCGCGCAUCCGUCGACCUGAUCCUGGUGAUCGAUGCCAGUUACGGGGUCAAGGAGAAAGAGGAGAAAACUAGGGAAAGGGUGCACCUGCUCAUCAAGGCCGAGGAGAUGGAGGAGGAGCACAACAAGGCCAAGAACAUGGUGGUUGAACUUGAGCAAAGUCUGAAGCCGCUCAUCAAGGCCAAGGAGAAGGAGAAUGAAAGGAUGGAAAUGGAGGGGAAAAUUACUCAGAAAAGGCAGGAGAUGAACAGCAUGGCCAACGAAAUGAGGAGACUACGAUACCAGGCCAUGGAAUUGAAGAAGGAUGUGGAUAAGGUGAUGAAGAAUACAGAGGAACGGCUGGGCCUGCUUACCAAGGCCAUAAAGCUCGUGACGGACAAGCUCAGCGUCAUGGACCGCCUUGCGAUCGUACCCGUCCAAUCCUAUGUCACCGAACCUGCGACUGGCCUCUUUGAAAUGUCUAAACAAGGGCUGAUCGAGACAUCCAACAAGCUGCGGAAGCUGUCGAUGGCCUUGACUGACAACAAGGCCGCACAGGUCUGUAAGUGGAGGGAGCAGAAGGAAAAGGCCAUGAGGAUUAUAAGGAAUUGCCUCCACUCAGCCCCCAGCUCCAGCUCAUCCACCCGCAGCCCGAGGUCGGCCAAAAGCGAAAGCACAGCCUCCAUGCCAGCACAUUCGACUGAUGUUGGUGGCAGCACAAAGAUGCUGCACAAGGCAUUGAUGUAUGCCAUGAAGGUAUUGGAUGAUAGGCGAGGAAGGAAGGAGGAUCGUCUGGGUUCCAUCAUCGUCAUUUCUGACAACGAUGAUGACUCCAUAUGCAUGGAAACUCUGAGCCCCAGCUACAUGGUCCAUGCCUUUGGCUUUUAUGGCACGCACAGCACCAGGGCUUUGUACCACAUUGCCAGCAGCUCCAAUGGCAUCUACAAUAUCAUUAAUGAUGACAGCAAUCAGAUCACUGAAGCCUUCAGAUCCUGCGUCAACAAAAUGACCUCCACCAUCUCGGUCGAUACAAAGGUUGAAAUAAUGUGCAACCCGUCCUGUAAUGUAGCAUUGUCUACCAUUGAGUCUGCCCAAUUCAGAUAUUCCAUAGGCAAUGACAGAAAAUCCUGUUCCGUCUUGGUUGGUGCCCUCAGUGCUGGCACGGUGAAGAACUUCAUCAUCUAUGUGGAUAAUGUCCGUGAGGACGACUAUGACAAUUUGUCCAAGUACAUCACAGUUCGUGUCAAGUGGAUGCAUGCAAUGAAUAGGAUGAAGGAGCUUGAGGGUCAAGUGGUGGUUGUCAGGGACGGAAUUGACGGAUACGAGGAGGUAGUGGAGACCAUUACCCAUCUCGAGGCGGUCAAAAUCGCCAGCGAUAUUACUGAUCCUAAUCACAGUAAAAUGGCGAUGGCAGACAUGCUACAACAGAUGUGCAUCAAAUGCCCCGACUUCGAACGAUCUGCUGGUGACGAACGCCUCAGAUGGCUCAAAAGUCAGAUGCAAAAGAUGGAGGCAGAUCAGCAUAUGGAGAUUACCGAUCCCAAUGAUUAUAUAAACAUGGUGGCAGAAAAGCUGUCGUAUAUCCUGUCAUGGCUAUCGUACCAGAGGUCCUAUUGUUGGAUCAAAAUCAUCUAGAUAGAGCAGGGGCAUUCUGGCUCGUUCAUACAUACAGUAUCUACAUGUCUGGAUAGAUACAUGCAUCCACAUAGUAUUUGCUUGC